GCGUUCUUAGGAUGACGUCAUUUUUCCGUUAUGAAUGAAGUUCUAUGUUCAUACGCUACUAUAAGAAAAAGUGAGUAAUGAGAAUAUCAGUUUUUAUAAUUUCUGUUCCGAAAAUAAUUAACAUGUAAUAUGCAAGAAAAAGAAUCAAACAACGGCUGUUGGUACAGACGGGAAUAUCUAGCUCUCGGGUAACUGUUUAGCGGAAACUCGGCAGAGCCUCGUUACCGCUGUAAACAGUUACCCUCGAGCUAGAUAUUCCGGUCUGUACCGGCAGCCGGUGUAAGAUUCUUAUAGUCUACAACUGGUUAUAUACUGAUAGGUAUGUACAUAAAAUGUAACAUAUUUUUCUACAUUAAAUACUUCCUUUUCUGGUCAGCUAAAUUCUAUAGUUUUUCACUUUUCUAGAGUAUGAACAAAAUGGUUUAUCUGGGCUGUCUGACUUUGGCCUCAUGUGUUGGUAUGGCUCUCGGUUACGGAAGUGUAAUGACUGGACAGAAGGUCACAAGCUACCCAUACAUGGCUAACAUGGGAUAUGGGUAUGUUCCAUAUAUGACCGGCUCCUCAGGGUUCGGCGGAUUCCUCGGCGGCACCGGAAGCUCUGUAGGAGGCAUGGGGAUGUUUGAAAAUAUCAUACAAUUGUUUUUGUUUAUCUUUGUGAUAAACCUCUUGUUCUCGAGCACAGGUCUUGGCUCCGGGGGUCUCGGUAUUGGCAAGAAAUCCUCCAAAGCAGGCUCUGAUUACGAUUAUUAUCUUUAAUAAUAA